UUCAGUUGUGGAACUCUGACACUGACAUUGAACAAUUUAACAAAUUAUUGGGAUCAGUUCAAGUGUCAAACUAAAGGAUCAAUCAUUGAUUUAAAGAUAGUAGUGCAGACAGAUGGUGGCAACUCCUUCCUUAAAAGUGUACAGUUUCGUUUAUUAAGUUUGUUUUUUGACAACCCUUUUGCUAAGUGAGUGAAAAUUAUUCACCUCCCCGUGAUUUCUGUGGAAUAUUACAAAGUGAAGACAAGAUGCAGCGUUUAAAAGAAGCCUCUGUGGCUUCAAAAAAACAGAAGGUAGAGGAUCUGCCGGAAGUCCUCACCGGAAUCUGUGUGCAGGAGAAGAGCCUGCGCUCUUGGAUACAUAUGGCGCUGGCCUACUACUCGCGGGGCAGCUUUGAGAACUUUGUGUACCUGCUGGAGGCAGCCAUAGCCGGAUGCCUGCGGACCUACGCCUCCUAUAAGGAGGAUCUGGCCAGGGCCAAUGUCCUGCUGGCGGCCUAUUUCACCAGGCAGGCCUAUAAAGAGUUGGGCAGUCGCAAGAACGCCUUGCAGGCCAAGGUCACGAACAUCCUCCGUCUGCUGGAUGGAAUGAAGCGGCCCGAGGACCGUCAGCUACUCGUGGUCACGGGCUAUGCCCUAAUGCUGAACCCUGGCCGGGCCCAGGAGGCCGAUGCCAACUUUGUCGCCGUCCUGCGACAUGUGCCCAGCCAUAUUCCGGCGCUGAUUGGACGUGGCUGUCUGGCCUACAAUCGCCAGGAUUACAUCGGGGCCCUGGGGUUCUUCAAGAGCGUCCUCAUGCACCAGCCCCGCGGACCGGCGGACGUUCGGGUGGCCAUUGCCCAUUGCUUCCUGAAAUUGGGGAACCUGGAUAGCGCCCGGCGCUCGUUCGAGCUGGCCCUGGAGCACAAUGGUAGGUGCCAGAACGCCCUGCUUGGCAUCGCUAUCCUGAAGCUCAAUCAGCGGGAGAAGGCGUCGAUCAGGGAAGGCAUUAACCUGCUCUGUGCCGCACACGAGCUGAAUAAUCGCCACCCGGUGGUCCUCAGCAUCCUCUCCUCUCACUUUUACUAUGUGCGGGACUACAACAGCACCCCGACUCUGGCGGGAAACUCGUAUGUGCUCACCGACAUUCCCCAGCUUCAGUCGCAGAACUGCUUCCAGAUAGCCAGGUGCUUCCAUGCCACCAAGCAGUACGAUCAGGCCACGGAUUUCUACACGCUGGCCGUGAGACUGGCUCCGGAGAGUUAUGUUCUGCCCCAGCUCGGCCUGGCCCAGAUGAACCUGCGGCGGGGCGAACAGGGCAAGGCCAAGGUCGGUCUGGAAAUCCUACUGAAGGUCAUGCCAAACCAGAUCGAUGCCAUGCGACUGCUGGCCAAAAUAUAUCUUGCCGAGAAGCGGAUAGACGAGACCAUUAAGCUGCUGCUCAAGGUGGUGGAGUCCCGCUGCCUCUCCCGCCUGCGGGACUAUGACAGCUGGCUUAGCCUGGCGCUGGCCUAUGAGCAGAAGCAGCGGUGGAACCACGCCAUCGAGGCCUACCAGCGGGCCAUGAGGAUCUACGGCGGCAAGGGCGAUGCCUAUCCCAUCGAGUGGCUCAACAACGUGGCCGUCAUCCAAAAACUGGCCCAAAUGCCGCAGAAGGCCCUCGAGACCAUUGACGAGGCCCUGGGCCUGAUUGGCACCAAGGGCGGCGACCACAAGGAGACCAAUAUGCUCACUCUGCGCUUCAACCGCGGUCGCAUUCUGGAGGAGCUCCAUCGCUGCGACUUGGCCACGGUUGCCUACAAGGACAUUGUCGCCGAGUAUCCCAACUACCUGGACUGCUAUCUGCGCCUGGGCGUGAUGGCUCUGCGGCAGAACGAUGUUAUCCCGGCCAUCGACUACUUCAAGGAUGUGCUCAAGCAUGACAACGACAGUCUGGCAGCCAGGAGCUCUCUGGGCAAUAUCUAUGUAACCCUAGGCCUCACCACUCAGGCCAUGUACUGCCUCAAUGUGAUCCUCAACAACAGUGCCAAGCUGGAUGCCUUCACCCUGGUGGCGGUGGGAAAUGUGUGCCUGAAGAAAAUCCAACGAAGCCUGGCCACGGGCGAUAAUGAGGCAGCCAAGAGGCAUCAGCAGAAGGCUCUGCUUUUCUUUGCCAAGGCCCUGGACCGAGAUCCCCGAAACUUGUGGGCUGCCAAUGGCAUCGGUGCCGCCUUGAGCUGUCGCCGUCACCAGGCCGCUGGCGAGGCGGUCUUCAAGCAAAUCGUCGAGGCCAGCAAAGUAUGUCCCCCUUCGGCUAUCCUGAACUUGGCUCACAUGGCCCUGGAAUUGGGCAAGCACCAGGAUGCCAUUGAGGCCUACAGGCAGUGCCUGGAGCACAGUAGCCGGCCAAACAAUUCAGUGGAAGUGAUGCUGGGACUCGCCAAAGCUCUGUUUCUCUCAGGCAAUGCCGCUGCAUCCAAAAUGUGGCUCAGCAAGGCGCGUCACCUGGCGCCCCAGGAUCCCGUGGUGAUGUUCAAUCUGGGCCUGGCCAUCCAGGAGGACGCUGAGCAGUUGCUGGGACGGCCGCGUGGCAAAUCGUUGGAUCUCAUGAAGGCUGAACUGGAGCUGCAAGGAGCCUUUGGAUUUUUCGAUUACCUUGCCAAUUGUGAAGGCCAAACUGAGGUGCCAAAGAGUGACGCUGCCGAGAAGGCCAACACCUGUCAGUCUUUGCUGACCAAAUUACCCAUAGAAUUGCAGCGUUUACGCGAGCUGGAGGUCCUGGACGAGGAACGCAUCCGAUUGCAGGAGGAGCUGCAAAAGGAGGAACACGAGCAACGCCAGCAGCAGCGCUUACAGCGGGAGCAGGAGAUGGCCAAGCGCCAGGCAGUCUUGGAUCGCACUAAGAAACUAUUAAAAGAGCCCAACGAUCAGGCACACAAGAAGGAGAAGGGACAUCGGGGCAAGAAAAAUGAGGAUGACCAGGACGAGGACGAAGAACGGGAGGGCAAAAAGAGAAAACGGUCUGCUUCAAAGGCUGAAAAAUCGGCCAAGAAAAAGAAAACCAAAGAUGAGGCCGAAAAGCAACCCGAUAAAUACAAGAGCAAAGAGUUCAUAGACUCCGAUGAUAAUGAAUCGGAGGGGUCAGAGGAUGAUUCGGCCACCAAAUACAAGAGACCAUCGCGAAAGGAUUCAGCCAAGAAAAGGAAGAACCAAAAGGCUAUAUACUCGUCCAGUGAUAAUACCGAUGAAGAGGUAAUCGAGGAGGAUGAGAAUAGCUCCCCGGAGAUGGAGCAAAUGGAUGUGGAUUCCGAGUCCAAGUCAGUUUCCGAUUCAGAGUCCGAGACCGAGCCACUUCAAAAUAAUAUCAACAAUAACUAUCAAGACAAUUCUAAUGAGAAUGAUGGCAUGUCGCCCGAAACGACCAUUAGGUAUAUGGAGGAGCUGCAAAGAAGAAUGCAGGCGUCAACUAAAUAAUUGUAAAAAGGGAAAAGGA